UGGUUCAGUUGCUAAAAUGUAUUCCAUUUAUUUUUUGUGUCUUAUUGUGGUAGUGUUGGGCGUUCAAGCACAUAAUGUGCAACUGCCUCAAACUCAAAAAGACAAGGUACACUUAUACAUUAUGGAAUGUAUGAAACAAACGGGGGUGAAGCCUGAAGUGUUGAAAGACGCCAAACAGGGAAAUUUCAAAGACGAUGAAGCGUUGAAGAAUUUCAUACUAUGUUUCUUCCAAAAGGCGGGUAUCGUAGAUCGCGAUGGCAAAGUAAAUGUAGAUGCGGCAUUAGCCAAGUUACCUGCGGGAGUUGAUAAGGGGGAGGCUAAAACUCUGUUGGAAGGGUGUAAAAAGAAGACAGGAAAAAAUGCGGCAGAAACAGCUUUCGAAGUUUUCAAAUGUUACUCUCAUGGAACAAAAUCACACAUUCUGUUAUAA